AUGAGUGUGUGUGUGUGUGUGUCUCUGUGUGUGUGUCUCUGUGUGUGUGUGUCCCAGGAGGGCUUCGACAAGGCCCUGGAGGAGGCAGGAGAUCAGUUGGUGGUUGUGGACUUCACAGCCACGUGGUGCGGACCCUGUCAGAGCAUCGCUCCUUUCUUCAAGGGUCUGUCUGAGAAUUAUCAGAGUGUGGUCUUCCUGAAGGUUGACGUGGACGACGCACCGGAUGUGGCCAGUUUCUGUGACAUCAAGUGUAUGCCAACAUUCCACUUCUACAAGAACCAGAAGAAGGUGGAGGAGUUCUCAGGGUCCAAUCAGGCCAAACUGGAGGAGCUGGUCAACACUCACAAAUAAACACACACCUGUCUGUCUCCUCUCCUCUCUCUCACCUGUCUGUCUCCUCUCCUCUCUCUCACCUGUCUGUCUCCUCUCCAACUCUCACCUGUCUCAGUUCACCUGAGGACACCCCAAAGCCUCCAUCCUCUCCUCUGUCUCAGUUCACCUGAGGACACCCCAAAGCCUCCAUCCUCUCCUCUGUCUCAGUUCACCUGAGGACGCCCCAAAGCCUCCAUCCUCUCCUCUGUCUCAGUUCACCUGAGGACGCCCCAAAGCCUCCAUCCUCUCCUCUGUCUCAGUUCACCUGAGGACGCCCCAAAGCCUCCAUCCUCUCCUCAACUGAUUUGGCAGGAUGCCUGAAUGCCUUCCACCCAAUCCUCCCUUUCUCCUCCCCCCAUCUAAAUAGAAUAUGCCCUUCAGCUUCCUCUGUUUUCCCUCCCCCGUCUUCCUCUCUCUCCCCCCGUCUCCCUCCCUCUCUCUCUCCCCCCUGUCUCCCUCCCUCUCCCUCUCUCCCCCCAGUCUCCCCGUCUCUCCCUCUCUCCCCCGUGUCUCCCUCUCUCCGUCUCUCUCUCUCCUACCCAGGGAUGGGUCAAUAAUGUAUAAUAAUAAACCAUUUGUAUUAAAAUUCAGUCUCUUUCCUUAAACUUAUAUUUUCAUUAAUGUACAUCGUGCUAUAAAUGUAUAAUUAGUCUGUU